AUGGAUUUUUCCAAUGUCUUUGGUAACAACAGAAAUGUGUUGAAUUGGCAACAAAGAGAUCCUAAGCAAGAUUGGAAAUAUUAUCGGUACAAACCUAGUGCCGAUCGAAUUAAAAGUUUGCUUACUACACAACCUGAGAAAAAAAUUUCUAAGGAACAAGAAGUUGCUCCUAGGACGAUUGUUGAAAGUGCGAAAUUUUCUAUGCCGGCCAGAUAUGAAUUAAUUCAAAUAUUGGGGAAAGGCUCUUAUGGUACUGUAUGCUCGAUUAAAGACAGACAAAAUCCCGAUGCGCCAUAUUCAAUAGCGGUUAAAAAAGUCACGAAUAUCUUUUACAGAGAAAUUCUUUUGAAAAGGGCAAUUAGAGAAUUAAAGUUUAUGAAUUAUUUCAAGGGACAUAAAAACAUUGUCAGUUUAAUUAAUUUGGAAAUUGUUACAGAGAAGCCUUAUGACGGUGUCUACUGCUAUCAAGAGUUGAUAGACUAUGAUCUAGCCAAAGUAAUUCAUUCAUCUGUACAGUUGUCUGAGUUCCAUGUAAAACAUUUUUUCUACCAAAUCCUUUGUGGGCUUAAAUACAUCCAUAGUGCCGAUGUUAUCCAUAGGGAUUUAAAACCUGGUAACAUAUUAUGUUCUUUGAAUGGAUGUUUGAAAAUUUGUGAUUUUGGUCUAGCUAGAGGGGUUGCCCCUCAGUAUUUUACCACAAAGGAAUCAUAUCAUGACAUUACCAACUAUGUGGCUACACGUUGGUAUAGAGCGCCAGAAUUGAUUUUAUCGCAUAAGGCAUAUAGUAAGGCGAUUGAUAUGUGGUCUGUUGGUUGUAUCUUGGCAGAAUUUUAUGGUAGAAAACCAGUAUUUAUGGGCAAAGAUUCCGUUCAUCAAAUACAUGAAAUUACAAAAAUUUUAGGGUCCCCCUCUAAGGAAUUAUUGAUCCAUUAUGGAUCAUUAAAAGCAUGGAACAUGUGUAGUAAUGCGACUCCGGCAUACAAGAAUGUUCCCUGGUCUGAUGUUUACCCAUUUGCAUCACCAGACGCACUAGAUUUAAUUGCUCUAUUGGUACAGUGGGAGGCAGAUCAAAGACUCACUGUGGAGGAGGCCAUUGAACACUAUUUCUUACAAGAAGUGAGAAGGCCAGAAGAUGAACCAGUGUGUCCACAAGGUCCAUUUGACUUCUCUUAUGAACACCAAUUGUGCUCCAUGCUUAAACUGAGAGAGUAUCUUAUCAACGAAGUUAUGACAUUCAGACAAGAAAGGGCCAUAUGUGAUCCAUCCACGCCAGAGAUUCUAAAGAACAUUGCGGUGAUUGAAGAUCCAGAAUGA